GCUAUGGCAAUAUGUGGCAGACGGAGUCGGCCCAAGUUCAUUCUGUACAUUCUCGGGGCUUUUGUAGUGGGAUAUUUAGUGUUUCACAGGAACACGCAGAGUGAUGUCGGACUGGCGAGUCGAAGAGAAGUUCCAGUCGAGCAGCACAAAAAUGUGGACGAGGAAUUACUGAAGAAACCUGUUUGCGACAAGCCUCCUCUAGACAUAAAUGCUUUGGGAGAGAUGGGUAGAGCUGUUAAACUGGAUCUGACUGAAGAAGAGAAGCGAGAGGAGGAGGAGAGCAUCAAAAAACAUCAGAUAAACACUUAUGUGAGCGAUAGGAUAUCAUUACACCGCAGGCUGCCUGAAAGAUGGAACCCACUACAGAUAGGGACCGUCUACAAAGUAACAAAGCAGGAGAAAAACGUUAAACGUGGUGCUGUCACAGUUGAUCAUUUAAAGGAGCCUCUAGAGAACUACAUCGCCAAUCUCAAAAAGGUGCGUCUGAUCCGAGCAAGGAAGAGAGAGGGUUUGGUGCGAGCGCGGCUCCUGGGGGCAUCCAUUGCCACAGGAGAAGUGCUGACCUUCCUCGAUUGCCACUGUGAGUGCCAUGAAGGCUGGUUGGAGCCUUUACUCCAGAGAAUAAAGGACGAGCCUUUGGCUGUGGUGUGUCCAGUGAUUGAUGUUAUUGACUGGAACACCUUCCAGUUCCUGGGCAACGCUGGAGAACCUCAGAUUGGAGGAUUUGAUUGGAGAUUGGUGUUCACGUGGCACAGUAUCCCAGAACAUGAACAGAAACGCAGAAGUUCUCCCACUGAUGUCAUCAGGUCUCCUACAAUGGCUGGGGGUUUGUUUGCAGUCAAUAAGAAGUACUUCCAUUACCUGGGCACAUAUGACACAGGAAUGGAGGUGUGGGGUGGAGAGAACCUGGAGUUCUCAUUCAGAAUCUGGCAGUGUGGAGGGAGUCUGGAAAUCCAUCCUUGCUCUCACGUGGGCCACGUCUUUCCGAAGAAAGCGCCAUACUCGAGAAACAAGGCCUUGGCCAACAGCGUGCGGGCGGCAGAAGUCUGGAUGGACGAAUACAAAGAAGUGUAUUACCAUCGCAGCCCUCAUGCUCGUCUGGAGGCAUAUGGUGAUGUGACAGACAGACGGAAACUCCGAAUGCGUCUUGGCUGUAAAGAUUUUAAGUGGCUCUUGGAGAACAUCUACCCUGACAUUCAAGUCCCAGAGGACAGGCCUGGAAUGUUUGGCAUGCUGAAGAAUAAAGGAAUGGACAACUACUGCUUUGACUACAACCCACCUGAUGAUCAUAAUAUGGCCGGUCACCGAGUCAUUCUUUACCCUUGUCACGGCAUGGGACAAAACCAGUUCUUUGAGUACUCCACACUCCAAGAGAUCCGUUAUAACACGAGGGACCCUGCAGGCUGCGUCGUGGCUGAUCCUGUCUCCACAUUUCUUACCAUGCAUCACUGCAGUAAACCCAGGGAAGCUGUGCCUGAAGACCAGAAGUUCCUAUUCAGAGAGGACGGCUCUCUCUACCAUGUUCAGACACAGAAGUGUGUUGAGGCAGUAGCCCGGACCGACACUGGGAACCCUGGCCCUGCUCUCCGUCCCUGCUCCGACUCAGCCUCCCAGAAGUGGUUCUUUGAAGAGAGAACAUAGCAAAGGUUCUCUCUACACCCUUCACCUGCACUACAGUUCAAAGUGCAUUUCAUAUGGGCUGUUCUGACUUCACACCAGCUUAUUGAGCAUUCCACUUCCUCCGCUUAGGAUUGAUAGUGCCUUCCUUUUACACGACAUGCACAGUACAGACUCUGUCUGUUAAACUGAAGAAAAUAUG